ACGGUCUGGCAGGAACAUUCCAGGGAGUCCUGCACUCUGAGGCACACGCUCGCUCCCUCCGCCGCGGCUCGUCUCGUGCCACUUUUGCGCUGGUUCGGCGCGCUCUCCAGGUGGCGCCGACCGCCGGCACCGCCAUGACGCAGCCGCAGCACCUCCAGAACUUUGUCAGGGAAGAGGAGCCGGAAGAUGGGGCGGAAGCGGAGGAGAUGCCCGCCACGGAGAAGGACCUGGCCGAGGACGCUCCGUGGAAGAAGAUCCAGCAGAACACCUUCACCAGGUGGUGCAACGAGCACCUGAAGAGCGUCCACAAGCGCAUGCUGGACCUGCAGAAGGACUUGGCGGAUGGCCUGAGGCUCAUCGCGCUGCUGGAGGUCCUGAGCCAGAAGAACAUGUACCGCAGGUACCACGCCAGGCCCAACUUCCGCCAGAUGAAGCUGGAGAAUGUGUCGGUGGCACUGGAGUUCCUGGAGCGGCAACACAUCCGGCUGGUGUCCAUUGACUCCAAAGCCAUCGUGGACGGGAACCUAAAGUUGAUCCUCGGUCUGAUCUGGACGCUGAUCCUGCACUACUCCAUCUCCAUGCCAAUGUGGGAGGACGAGGAUGACGAGGAAGCCAGGAAGCUGACGCCCAAGCAGCGUCUUCUGGGCUGGAUCCAGAACAAAGUGCCCCAAAUGCCCAUCACCAACUUCCACCGUGACUGGAGGGAUGGAAAAGCUCUAGGAGCCCUGGUGGACAACUGCGCCCCCGGUCUCUGUCCAGACUGGGAAAUGUGGGAUCCGAGCCAGCCGGUGGAGAACGCCAGAGAGGCCAUGCAGCAGGCCGACGACUGGUUGGGUGUACCUCAGGUAAUUGCUCCAGAGGAGAUCGUGGACCCCAACGUUGACGAACACUCUGUUAUGACCUACCUGUCUCAGUUUCCCAAAGCCAAAUUGAAGCCAGGAGCCCCUUUGAGGGCCAAGACACUGCAUCCAAAAAAGGCCAAAGCAUUUGGGCCAGGCAUUGAACCUCGAGGUAAUGUGGUUCUCAAGCCGGCAGAGUUUCUAGUGGAAACGGUGGAGGCCGGACUGGGCGAGGUUCUGGUUUACGUGGAGGACUUGGAAGGGCACACGGAAGAGGCACGGGUGAUCCCCAACAACGACAAAAACCGAACAUACUCGGUAGUCUAUCUGCCCAAAGUGGAGGGUCUCCAUAAAGUAAAGGUUCUGUUUGCGGGCCAGGACAUCAAUGGUAGCCCCUUUAUGGUCCAUGUCUCCAAAGCCAUGGGGGACCCGAGCCGGGUGCAGGCCCGUGGCCCGGGACUGCAACACGUGGGAAACGUGGCCACCAAGCCUACCUACUUUGACAUCUACACGGCAGGCGCUGGCGCCGGCGAUGUGGGCGUGAUCAUCGUGGACUCGAAUGGUCGCAGGGACACCGUGGAGGUGGUCUUGGAAAACAGAGGCGAUAGCAUCUUCCGAUGCACCUACGUUCCAGUCCUGGAUGGGCCGCACACCGUUCAUAUCACCUUUGCAGGACAGGAGAUUCCCAGGAGCCCCUUCCCUGUCCUCAUAGCACAAGUCCCACAGAGCGUCUCCCCGCCUCCGUCGGUGUCCGCCGCGUCUCCUGUGCAGGUUGUACCUCCGUCAGUACACACUCCCCCAAGGAAAGGCCCUCCUCCGACACCGCCAAAACCCAGGCGACCAACCUGUAGCCCAAACGCCUGCAGGGCGUCCGGCCGAGGUCUGCAGCCCAGAGGUCUGAGGGUGAAGCAAGUGGCCGAGUUUAAAGUGGACACCCGAGGCGGCGGCACCGGCGAGCUCCGAGUUUCGGUGAAGGGACCGAAUGGCCUGGAGGAGCCCGUGAAGAUGGUGGAGGCGGACAACGGCAUUUACGAAUGUAACUACUAUCCGAUCGUGACGGGCAGUUACAUCAUCACCAUCACUUGGGGGGCUCACAGCAUCCCGCGCAGUCCGUUUGAGGUCUAUGUGAGCGAGGAAGCUGGGCCUCAGAAGGUGCGGGCUUGGGGUCCCGGUCUGGAGACGGGCCUGGUGGGCAAGAGCGCUGACUUCGUGGUGGAGGCCAUCGGGACGGAGGUGGGAACGCUGGGCUUCUCUAUCGAGGGUCCGUCUCAGGCAAAGAUCGAGUGCGAUGACAAAGGAGAUGGGUCAUGUGAUGUGAAGUACUGGCCCACCGAGCCCGGCGACUACGCCAUCCACGUCAUAUGUGACGACGAAGAUGUGAAAGACAGCCCCUUCAUGGCACGCAUUCUCCCUGCGGCCGUGGACCUCCACCCAGAAAAGGUGAGGUGUUACGGACCGGGUCUGGAACCCGUCGGCUGCAUGAUCAACAAGCCGGCAGAUUUCUCCAUCGACAGCCGAGGAGCCGGCGGCGGAAAGCUGAGGCUCUACGCUCAGGAUGCUGAAGGCUUCCCAAUUGAUGUGGAGAUUAGGGACAACGGCGAUGGGACAUUCUUGUGUGUUUAUAUCCCAAUAAAGCCUCUGAAGCACACAAUCAUUAUCACUUGGGAUGAAGUCAAUGUUCCCAACAGCCCCUUCAGGGUGAGCAUUGGAGAGGGGAGCCAUCCACAGAAGGUGAAGGUUUUUGGUCCCGGCGUGGAGAGAAAUGGACUGAAAGCUAAAGAGCCCACUUACUUCACAGUGGACUGCGGUGAGGCAGGGCAAGGUGAUGUCAGCAUUGGCAUUAAGUGUGCCCCCGGCGUGGUCGGACCCGCUGAGGCCGGCAUCGACUUUGACAUCAUCAAGAAUGACAAUGACACAUUCACGGUCAAGUACACUCCACCGGCACCGGGCCUGUACACUAUCAUGGUGCUCUUUGCUGACCAGGAAAUUCCAAUUAGCCCCUUCAGAAUAAAAGUGGAUCCUUCUUAUGAUGCUGCUAAAGUGAGAGCAGAAGGACCUGGACUCAGUAAAUCGGGUGUAGAAGCGGGAAAGCCGACACACUUCACUAUCUACACAAAAGGAGCCGGCAAAGCCCAGCCUGAGGUCCAUUUCGGAGGCAGAGCUACAGGUGACGUGGUGCGAGACUUUGAGAUCAUUGACAACCACGACUACUCAUACACAGUCCGCUACACCGCUGCCCACCAGGGAAGUUUGGUCAUCACUGUCCUCCACGGGGGUGACGCUAUUCCCAAAAGUCCCUUUCACAUCACUGUGGCUCCACCUCUGGAUCUCAGCAAGGUCCAUGUUGACGGUCUAAACAACAAGGUCGACGUCGGGAAGGAUCAGGAAUUCAGCAUCAGUACAUUGGGCGCCGGUGGUCAAGGCCAACUAGAAGUGAAAAUCAUAUCCCCAUCCAACCGACCGAUACCAUGCAAGCUGGAAUCUGACGCGGCCAAUGAAAGUUAUUCGGUGAGGUACAUCCCGCCAGAGGAAGGGCCUUAUAGUGUGGAAAUCAGCUAUGAUGGGAACCCCAUCCCGGGGAGCCCAUUGGCCGUGGAAGGCAUCUUGCCUCCUGAUCCAUCCAAGGUGCGAGCCUACGGUCCGGGUCUCCAGGGUGGCACGGUGGGCCAACCGGCCCCGUUUGCCAUAGAUACAAAGGGAGCGGGCACCGGAGGGUUAGGCCUGACGGUGGAGGGUCCCUGCGAAGCCAAGAUUGAAUGCCAGGACAACGGUGACGGAUCCUGCUCUGUGUCCUAUUUGCCCACUGAACCCGGCGAGUACAAUAUCAACAUCCUUUUUGCUGAGCAGCACAUCCCCGGCUCCCCCUUCAAGGCCGUCGUCCAGUCCAUCUUUGACCCCAGCAGGGUGACGGCCAGUGGGCCUGGUUUAGAGCGGGGAAAAGCCCACGAAGCCGGCUCCUUCCUAGUGGACUGUUCCAAAGCCGGAGAGGCUGAGCUCACCAUCGAAAUCAUCUCCGAGUCAGGCUCCAAAGCUGAAGUUCACGUGGAGAACAACGGCGACGGAACCUACUCCAUCACCUACAUCCCACAGUGUCACGGCGUGUACACAGUCACCAUUAAGUACGGUGGACACCCAGUGCCGAAAUUCCCCGCACAUCUUGAGGUGGAAGCCGCCCUCGACAUCAGCGGCGUCAAGGUCUUCGGACCUGGCGUGGAAGCGCGAGGAGUCCUGCGAGAAGUGCCCACACAUUUCAUCGUGGACGCCAAGAGUGUUUACCAGUCUUCUGUUAAAGUUUACAUUACGAAUCCUUCGGGCGCCAACACGGGCGCCUACAUUACAGACCAGGGUGACGGCACGUACCGAGUGGACUACACGCCGUUCGAGGAUGGUGUGCAUGUCAUCGAGGUGUUAGUGGAUGAUGACCCCUUACCAAAGAGUCCUUUCAGGGUGUCCGUGAGUGAAGGUUGUGAUCCGAGUCGAGUUCGAGCUUGCGGGCCGGGCCUGGAGGAGGGUCUGGUCAACAAGCACAACCGGUUUACCGUUGAGACCAGGGGUGCUGGCACCGGGGGUCUUGGGCUGGCUAUUGAGGGCCCCUCAGAGGCCAAAAUGUCCUGCAAGGAUAAUAAAGAUGGCAGCUGCAGCGUGGAGUACAUUCCCUUUACUUCUGGAGAAUACGAUGUCAACAUCACCUUUGGAGGACUUCCCAUUCCAGGAAGUCCAUUUCGAGUACCGGUGCGAGAGGUGGUGGACCCCGGCAAAGUGCGCUGCUCUGGACCUGGUCUCGGCAGUGGCGUUCGUGCUCACGUUUUUCAGACCUUCACGGUCGACAGCAGCAAGGCUGGUGUAGCCCCUCUGGAGGUCCAGAUAUUUGGGCCCACAGGUGUUACUGAGCCCGUGAGUAUUAUAGACAAUGGGGACGGGACGCACACGGUCAAUUACACCCCAGGCCACGAUGGUCCAUACACCAUAUGUGUCAAGUACGCCCAGCAAGAAGUCCCUCGAAGUCCUUUCAAAAUCAAGACCCUGCCGGCCCAUGAUGCCAGCAAGGUGCGUGCCAGCGGUCCCGGUCUGAAUUCGUCCGGCGUCCCUGCCAGUCUGCCGGUAGAGUUCACCAUUGAUGCCAGAGACGCCGGCGAAGGGUUGCUCACCGUUCAGAUCCUGGAUCCUGACGGAUGCGAACACCAGGCCGCUAUCUUUGUGCAGGACUGGCACACCCGUGUCUGGGAAUCUCAUAUAGUCAAGAGAACCAUCCCGUUCUCCAUUCUUAAGAGAGCCUACGAUCCUGAGGCAAAGCCCAAGAGGGCCAACAUCCGGGACAACCGAGACGGAACAUACACAGUGUCCUACGUGCCAGAUAUGGCAGGCCGCUACACCAUCACCGUCAAGUAUGGCGGGGACGAGAUCCCGUAUUCGCCGUACCGUAUCCACGCCCUACCCACUGGGGACGCCAGCAAGUGUUUGGUCACAGUGUCCAUCGGAGGACACGGACCAGGGUCCGGUGUCGGUCCCACCAUCCAGAUCGGAGAGGAAACCGUCAUCACUGUAGACGCAAAGGCUGCUGGGAAAGGGAAAGUCACAUGCAAGGUGUCUACACCGGAUGGCGGGGAGCUAGAUGUGGAUGUGGUGGAAAACACGGAUGGGACAUUUGACAUAUACUACACGGCGCCAGAACCCGGGAAGUACGUCAUCACCAUCCGCUUUGGGGGGGAGCACAUUCCUGACAGUCCCUUCCACGUAAUGGCCAAUGAUGAGGAGCCAAGUGAACUCUUGUCACUUCAAACUAACGAGCCGCAUGUCUGUUCUGCACGAUGGGCUACUAAUGGCACGCUUGCGACCAAUGAUCCCAGGAUUCCUGUUAAUGGCAUGGAGGCCAUGUUGCGACCCUUCAGUCUGGUCAUUCCCUUUACCGUCCAGACGGGGGAAAUCACAGGUGAAGUGCGAAUGCCGUCCGGCCGCACAGCUCGCCCGCACAUCUCUGACAACAAGGACGGCACGGUCACCGUCAAGUACUCGCCGAACGAACGUGGCCUGCACGAGAUGGACAUCAAGUACGAAGGCCAGCACAUUCCAGGAAGUCCACUUCAGUUUUUCGUGGACGCCAUUAACAGUGGUCACGUGACAGCCUACGGUCCCGGUCUGAGCCACGGCAUCGCCAACACGCCGGCAGUCUUCACCAUCGCUACCAAGGAUGCCGGAGAAGGCGGUUUGUCUCUGGCGGUGGAAGGUCCGUCCAAAGCUGAGAUCAGUUGCAAGGAUAACAAAGACGGGACCUGCACCGUGUCCUACCUGCCCACGUCCCCUGGCGACUACAUUAUCAUCGUCAAGUUUGACGACAAACACAUCAACGGCAGCCCCUUCGCCGCCAAGAUCACCGGUGACGACCCUCUCGCCACCUCUCAACUCAACGUUGGCACGGCGACUGAUGUCUCCUUGAGGAUCAUGGAGACUGAUCUGGGGAGUCUGACGGCGACCAUUCGGGCACCGUCAGGGAGUGAAGAGGCAUGCCUCCUGAAGAGACUUCCCAACAGACACAUUGGCAUCUCAUUCACACCAAAGGAGGUGGGCGAGCAUGUAGUGAGCGUGAAAAAGGGAGGCACACAUGUGACCAACAGCCCAUUUAAAAUCAUGGUAGCGCAGUCUGAGAUUGGCGACGCCAGCAAGGUCAAAGUGUUUGGGGCGGGCCUGCUGGAGGGACGCACUUUCGAGGUGGCGCAAUUCAUCGUAGACACCAGGACCGCCGGUUACGGAGGUCUGGGUCUGUCGAUCGAGGGGCCUAGUAAAGUCGACAUCAAUUGCGAGGAUGUAGAGGACGGCACGUGUCGUGUCACGUACUGUCCCAGUGAGCCUGGUAACUACAUCAUAAACAUCAAGUUUGCUGACCAGCACGUCUCAGGAAGCCCUUUUACUGUAAAAAUGUUUGGUGAGGGCAGAAUGAAGGAGAGUAUCACCAGGAAGCGCCAGGCACCUGCCAUCGCCACCGUGGGAAGCACUUGUGACCUCAACCUCAAGAUUCCAGGCAACUGGUUUCAGAUGGUUUCAGCGCAGGAGCGGGUGACACGCACGUUCACGCGCAGCAGCCACACGUACACGCGCACCGAGCGCACCGAGAUCAGCAAGACACGUGGCGGAGAGACCAAGAGAGAAGUCCGAGUGGAGGAGAGCACGCAAGUCGGGGACCCGUUUAGAGAUGUCUUUGGAGACUUCCUGGGACGGGAGAGUCUGAGCGGCUUUGGCGGAAAAUCGCCAUUGCAGGAGGGUGAGGCGGCCCACCAGGAAAUGGCGGCUCAGGUGACAAGUCCGGGCGGCAAGUGCGAGGAUGCCGAGAUCAUCCGCGGCGAGGACAGCACGUACAGCGUACGCUUCGUGCCGCAGGAAAUGGGGGCGCACGUGGUGGACGUCAAGUAUCGCGGACAACAUGUGCCCGGGAGCCCCUUCCAGUUCACUGUGGGUCCCUUGGGAGAGGGCGGCGCCCACAAGGUGCGGGCUGGCGGCACCGGGCUGGAGCGUGGCGUGGCCGGCAUCCCAGCUGAAUUCAGCAUCUGGACCAGAGAGGCGGGUGCCGGAGGGCUCUCCAUAGCGGUAGAGGGUCCCAGCAAGGCAGAGAUAGCAUUUGAGGACCGCAAGGACGGUUCUUGCGGGGUCUCCUAUGUGGUCCAAGAGCCUGGAGACUACGAGGUCUCCAUCAAGUUUAACGACGAGCACAUACCAGAUUCUCCCUUCACGGUCCCCGUGGCCAGUUUGUCUGAUGACGCUCGCCGCCUAACCAUCACUAGCCUUCAGGACUCUGGACUGAAAGUUAACCAAGAAGCGUCCUUUGCAGUGCAACUGAACGGAGCCCGAGGACACAUAGAUGCCAAAAUCCACGCACCUUCUGGAGCCACAGAGGAAUGUUUGAUCACUCAACUGGACAUUGAUCAGCACGCCAUCCGGUUUGUCCCUAAAGAAAACGGUGUCCACUCCAUCGACGUUCGCUUCGGCGGAAGCCACGUACCUGGAAGCCCCUUUAAAAUCCGUGUGGGAGAGCCAGGCCAGGCGGGAGACCCCAGCAAGGUGUCAGCUUCUGGGGCGGGCUUGGAGAUCGGGACCACAGGUGUGGCAUCAGAGUUCAUGGUCAACACAUGUAAUGCUGGCGGCGGUGCUCUGUCCGUGACCAUCGACGGUCCCUCCAAAGUCCAGAUGAGCUGUCAGGAAUGCGCUGAGGGCUACCUGGUGUCCUACACCCCCAUGGCCCCCGGUAGCUACCUGAUUUCCGUCAAGUACGCAGGAGCCCAGCACAUCAUCGGCAGCCCCUUCAAGGCCAAAGUUUCAGGUCCUCGCUUGUCCGGAGGUUCCAGUCUUCACGAGACCUCGUCAGUACUGGUAGAAACCGUCACUAAGUCGUCGUCUGGAAAGAUGGGCGCUUUCGCUUCCCUGCCGAAAUUCUCUUCGGAUGCCAGCAAGGUGAUCCCUAGGGGGUCCGGCCUGUCCAAGGCCUUUGUGGGACAGAAAAACUCCUUCAUGGUGGACUGCAGCAAAGCAGGAAGUAACAUGUUGAUGGUGGGGGUCCACGGCCCCAGGGCCCCGUGCGAGGAGGUCUACGUCAAGCACGCGGGCCACAAGAUGUACAAUGUGACGUACACGGUAAAAGAAGCAGGAAACUACAUCCUCAUGGUCAAAUGGGGUGACGCCCACAUACCCGGUAGCCCCUUUCACGUCACGGUGCCGUGAAGCUUUCGCCUCUUUGAUGUUUUGCGUAGAAUAACCAAGUUGUUAGAGUUCUGAUAAAACUGUGAUUCUUUUUUUUUUUUUUUUUAAUGAUGUCAUUUUCUCUGUGUAAGAUUUGACAGGAAGUUAAGAGGAAAGUCUUACUGUAGUUUUGUGAUCGCCUACUGUUUGAUAAAUUUCAUAAAAAUAAUAAAGGGUUCACGGCCUUCGUCACGUUUUAUCUUGAUUGGAUGAAAGCAGUUUGGUAUGUCGGUAUAGUAGAAAGACAACCGGCCUGUCCCACAGUUCUUAAGUUCAGGGUCGGACUGUACCUGGAGUUUCUGCCUA